CUUAUCAACAGGUGCGCGGCUACUAAGCUUUAGUUCAUUUCCUGCAUGUGGCUGUUUUCUCGUGGAUCAAGGAUUCUUUUCACUUCUUUCUCCCAUCGUAUUUCGUUUUCUCCUCUGUUUGUUUCACGAUCCGUGAUGGACAAGGCUACUCUCUUCCAGAGUAUCGGCUUAAGUGAGCAGAAAGCGCAAGAAACAUUGAAGAAUGACGCGCUUUCCAAACGGCUUGAGUCUAUCAUAAAUUUGAUGAAAGAAAAAUCUGCAGAUGUCAUUGAAAAACCCACUGGUGUACUGUUGUACUCAUUAGCGAGCAGCAGUGUCAAAGAGGACUGGCAGAUCAAGUUUGUUUCUGAGUAUAUUGCAGACAGGAAACUAGCUUCUUCAAUACAGUUGACAGCGGCUGUGGAAUAUAUGAAGACUAAUCCAGUUUUGCCAGUCGAUGUUGCUUCUUUUGAAAACAGCUGUGGCAUUGGAGUGACUAUCACACCUGACCAAAUUGAAGAUUGUGUUGAAGAACUUAUUAAGAAGCACAAGGAAGAGUUCUGUGGCAUUGGAGUAACUAUCACACCUGACCAAAUUGAAGAUUGUGUAAGUACAUUUUUUGUAGAUGAAGGUGCAUGGCUGAUGAAGGUGCAUGGCUUGUAA